AUGAUAUGGAAGAAACCUCUUAGAAGUGCACCACCACGUCCACAGAGAUUGCUUAUUAAAGUCCAAGGAUACCGAUGUCAAGUCAAGUAUAGACCAGGAAAAGACAUGAUUCUUUCCGAUACCUUGAGCCGACUUCCUAAUCCCAAGGAAGCACGCGAUGUUCCGCUAGAUGUCAGAGUGGAAUCCAUCUGCUCUGAAGCCGAAGAUUCGCACCAGAUUGACUUGAUAUACUUCGGACAACACAAAAGAACAGAGCUUCAGAGAGAAACAGCUAGUGAUCCUGUUCUCAGAUCACUAUGGCAAAUAGUCACUCAGGGAUGGCCUGAGACCAUCCAAGAAUUGCCGACAUCCCUUCGUCAAUUUUGGUCUUACAGAGAUGAAAUCGGAGUAUCACACGGAGUACUCUUCAAGGGAAGUCAAGUCAUCAUACCGAAGACACUAAGGAAUGACAUCCUUAGACAGCUUCACCUAGGACACACGGGAAUCUUCAGUCUGUACGGUCCACCAGAAGAGAUUGUGUCCGACAACGGUCCACAAUUUGUCGGGAAACCAUUCCAAGACAUGUGCAAGAAGUGGAAUAUCAAGCACAUCACUUCUUCACCGCACUAUCCAAGAUCCAACGGAUUAGCUGAGAGAAUGGUUCGUACAAUCAAGAAUCUGUUGACGAAGUGUUCUCAAACUAGCCAAGACAGUCAACUAGCCAUGAUGCACCUGAGAGCAACACCAGUUGACAAUAACUUGAGAUCACCAGCAGAGAUGUUGUUUGGAAGACCCAUCCGAACCACAUUGCCAAGUCACUAUCUUUCGAGAGAUUCUGCUGCCACCGAGUUUCUCUUGAAUAGGCAAGACAAAAUGAAGGAAGUGCAUGAUCGACAUGCAAGUUCUGAUUUGCCACCACUGCAUGUAGGACAGCCAGUGAGGGUUCUGCAUCCAAGAGACCGCACUUGGAUACCAGCCAAGGUAUCCAAGGUCUGUGAAGAACCUCGAUCCUACGAAGUUUCAACGCCGAACGGAGGAAUCUUGAGGAGAAAUAGAUCUCACUUGAGGGAAGUUCCAUCCACCAACCCAACCCCGAAGCGUGUGAGGUUUGAUGAAGACCACUCCACAGAAACUCAACCAGAGGAAGACAACGUCCAACGAACACCAAUGUCCAACUCUAACGCUACUCAAUCUCAACAGACAUACUCACAAACUACGAGGUCUGGACGCACUAUUCGCAAACCAGAGAGAUUCAUGUUUGAAGAUUGA